GGAUUGACCACGACAAUCGUAGACAGCCUUCAGAACAGUAGCAAAACCAAGGCGGCGAAUACAGCAGCCACCAAAUACAUUGGCACUUUGGACCAGAUUGUAACACAGAUUGAGGAUAUCAAGAGAGACUGGAAUCCACAAACAGAGCAUUACUUCAUGCAAGCGAUUCGCAAUAUUUCUGACGUAGAUGCAUGUAGGAUCCUUGAAACAGUUAUUCAGAGUAUUAAAACUACAGCUGAGGUGGGUGAAGCUGCUGCCAGGGUGACCGCUGCUGCCGCUGCCAUAGCUGCUAGAACAACUGUGGCCGCUGCAGCAAGAACAGUAGCAGGUGUUUUGAAGGCAGGUCUAUUUGCUGCCAAAAUCGGAGGAGCAGUAGUUUCAGCGAUAUUGAUACCCGUCGACGUAGUUACCAUCUAUAGGAACAGUAAGGCGAUACAUUACAAGGAGGAAUCAGAAGCGGCCAAACAUAUUCGAAAAUUGGCAAAGGAAAUACAGGCUAUCCAAAUUUUUGCGACUUCAGAAAUCAAUCCAUCAGAUACUGGUUUGGAUGAGGCCAGAGAUUUGAGACGGCAGUUGGAGAAUUUGCAAAACAAGGUGUCUAAAAAUGCUGCUGAAAGAGAGGCAGCAGAAAGGGAAAGGCAACAGAUUGAAUACAAACUGCGUAGGCAAACUUCAAACAUUUCCGAAGCUGUACUGACAGCCCUCGAGAAGAUACCCCAUGAGCUGACCCAGUUGUCUAAUUUGUCCACAAAAAUAAUCUCACAAGCGACACAGCUAAAACUUGUGUGUUGUUUUCUUGAACUGGCUGGGUGCCUAGGGCUAAUAUGUCAUAUAGUGGCUGUUGCUGCUGGUUCUGGCUCGGCUCCAGUAGAGAAUGCGUCUCAUGCUGUGAUCAUCAUCGGAGGGGUGAUGGGACUAGUUGCAGAGCUAUACACUGAAAUGUUUCAGUUUUACAGAUGGAGAGAAGCAGUAUCAGUGGUAGACAAGUAUUUGUUUGCUGCCAUAACUCUUAGUAGAGUACGUGCAGGAGGGGGAUGA